UUUCGAGUUAGAUCGAGCAAUAAAAUCGUGGACAAAAGCUCCAGCUCCUGAAGUUACCUUUUCGGCUUCCGUUCCGUCUAUCCCAAUUCCCAACAACUUCACCUCGCUCCAGAAAAGCAAACCCUAGCUCUAGCUCCAGCUCCAGCAAAGUCUUCUAAUGGAACCCGAAGGAUCAACUAAGUCAAAACGCAAGAGAAAGAGAGUGGAACUGGAAGUCUCUCCCGAAGAACAAGAACACGAACACUCAGACGCAGCGGUGGACAGGAUCAGUAAUCUUCCGGACUCUAUUCUGUGCCACAUCCUUUCCUUCCUUCCAACCAAAGAAGCCGUCGCCACAAGCAUUUUGUCUAGCAGUUGGAAGCCCCUCUGGACUCUGGUCCCAGCACUCGACCUCGACACUCAAUUAUCGGUCAGCCAGAGCCAGUGUUUGGAUAGUAAUAAUCGCACGCAAUCGGUAAGCUUUUUUACACAUAUCGUUUCCAGAGUUUUGGCUCUAAACAAAGCACCAGUCCUCCGAGAUUUUUGCCUCACAUGCCAUUCUCGUUGUGACCCUUUACAUCUUGAAACUUGGAUCCUCACGGCCAUAGCGCGUGAUGUCCAGCAACUCCAACUUGACAUUUGCCUUGAUGGGUUUAUCAAGGACGAAUUUUACAGUGGGGAACUUUUCGUGUUGCCCCAAAGCUUUUUUUCCUGCAAAACAGUAGUGAUUCUGGAAUUAUGGAAUGGAAUUAAGGUUGAUCCUCCUUCAUCCUUUGAAUUCCCGAGCCUAAAGGAUCUGCGUCUGGUUCACGUUUUUUUUCGCAAUGGUGACUGUGUCCAAAGGCUCCUCAGUGGCUGCCCAGUCCUCCAAGAUUUAAAACUUUGCAGUGAUAGUCGGAGUGGUCUAAUCAGAUUUGACAUAAGGGUACCUACGCUGAAAUAUUUAUGUCUCCAAUUUCUAACCUUUGAACCCAGCCUUCCUGAUUACAAACUUGCGAUAUGCGCCCCAGCUCUUAAGUGCUUCCAUUUUGAUGGCGAUUUGCGCCACGUCGUUUUUCUUGAAAAACUAGCCAAUUUAGUUGAAGCAGGUGUAUGGAUUCAUCCAUUUAUAUGUACUAGAGAGGCAUGGACAAAAGGAUAUCAGAUAGGUUAUGGGGAUAGGGUAUUCAGGCUUCUUAAAGCACUAAAUAAGGCAAAAUCCCUUACAUUAUAUCCCGGUAAAAAACAGUGCGUCGACUUUGGUUCUAUUUAUCCUUCCAGGUUCAAAAAUUUGGUCCGAUUGAACUUUACACUUCAAAAAUCUAACUGGCAUGUGCUACAAGCCUUGCUCCGAGUGAGUCCUAAUUUAGAAGUUCUUGUGAUUGAUAAGCUUUAUAGCAGAACAAACCAGUUAUGCUCGAUGGAGCCAUUCGAUGGUCCUGGUUAUGUAUCAUCACAACUUACAACUUUUAGAUUUAAUCAGUAUAAAGGAUCAAAAUAUGAAGUUGAAUUUGUAAAAUAUAUUUUGAAGGAGGCAAGGGUUUUGAAGACGGCAACAAUUAGUGUUUGUGAUACUGCAUUAAAGGAAAGUGUUAUUGAGGAAUUAUCAAAAUUCCCAAGGUCCUCAACGACAUGUCUACUUACAGUUGAGGUUCAGCAUUGAGGAUGCCAGCACUUAUUAUGACUGAGGUAUACUAAAUUUGAAGAUAAUCAACAGAACUGGUGUAUGGAGUUUAUGGUCUCUUUAUAAUCUACAAGCACAGCUGGUCAAUAUCAAUAAAAUAUGUGUCAAUGAAAUUGUAUGUUUGUUUUCUCUCUUACUGAGAAAAGAAUUAAAAAAGACUUAUAUUAGCAUUAGUAUUAGUCUCAAGUGGAACAACUUUAUUACUAAUAAUGUAUGUAGAAUGUUUGCAGUAUC